GAAGAAGCUUGGCAGAAACUGAGCUUCCUUCAGCCGCGUCAGGAGCUAUUCAGACACCUCGCUAUUCAGCUGUCAGUCAGUAGCUCGAGCUGUCAGUCACUCGAACUGUCAAUCACUGAAGCUGCCAGUCAUUCGAACUGUCAGUCACUGAAGCUGUCAGUCGCCCAAGUCGUUAUUUAAGUCGUCAGUCAAGCCACGCAAGUCAUUUUUUAAAGAUGUUACCUUCAUACCUUAGUCUCGCCUUCAUCGCGGCCGCCGUCAGGAAUGGCUCGGUGCUCCUGGACGACUGCGCCCCGGUCUGCCCCGACCCGGCGCCCGCGACCGGAAUGGUUCCCGACCCGACCGACUGCUCCCGAUACUACUACUGCCUGUCGGACGGCAAACCGAGCGACUUCACGGAGAAGUGUCCCGACGGCACGCUCUUCGACAAGGACGACUCCGAAUGCAAGGACGCCGCCGCCCCCAACUGCAAGACGUGCGAGCCCUCCUGCCGCUUCGAGUGCCCGUCGGACGGAAGCAUGGCCGUCGUGGCGGACGGCGAGGACUGCCACUCAUUCUUCGUGUGCAGCGCCGGGGGCUCCGUGCCCGUGUCGUGCGACGCCGAUAAGCCCUACUUCGACGGCACGACGUGCACGACGGAGGAGAGCCAGUGCUGCGACAGGUGCCAGGCCUACUGCGAGGAAGAGUUCACGGAGAUCGCCGACCCGACCAACUGCACCAACUUCUACUACUGCGCGCGCAAGGGUUUCCCGACGGAGCAGGACCUGCACCACUGCGCCGACCAGGCGGUCUUCAAUCAGGAGACGCACCACUGCGACAAGCAGGCGACGUGCGUGCAGCCGUGCUCGACGCUGCCGUCGGGGCCGCCCUUGGUGCCCACCACCACCGUCGGCUCGGACUGCGCCACCGACUUCAUCUGCCAUAGCAUCGGCUACUUCCCCAUGUGCGUCCACUCCUGCGACCCGCGCUACUACUUCUGCGGCAGCAGCGAUAUCGGCCACACCGUCGACCCUCUCCGGUGCCCCUCGGGCAUGGUGCUCAACCCGGAGACCAUGCGCUGCGUCACCCCCAACAACUGCCCGUUCCUGGCGCGCCUGUGAGCGAAGGGCCUCGUCGGGGGGGGGGGGGG